GAUGGCGGCGGCUGCGGUUUGAAUUCCAGCGGCGCCGCCGGAGUCCGAACAGGAGCUGGAUUGGAGGGGGCGGAGACCUGCAGAGCCGGGCGGGCCGCGCGCGACCGCAGCGGGGACCAGUGGUGUCGCCACCACAGACACCAAUGCCACCACCUCCUCGAAGUCCGUGAUGGACUCGGUGUUGGAAGAGGACGUCACCCUCCCCGGGACGCUCAGCGGCUGCAGUGGCCUUGUUCCCAAGUUACCAGAUGACCUGGAAGGCAUCAGCCCCAUUGCUGGUUUGGGAAAUGGUGUGCUCCCAAAGGUGUCAGAAGAAACGGUGUCUCCCACCAGAGCACGGAACAUGAAGGACUUUGAAAAUCAAAUCACUGAAUUGAAGAAAGAAAACUUUAACCUAAAGCUUCGCAUCUAUUUCCUUGAGGAAAGAAUGCAACAGGAAUUUAAUGGCCCCAUAGAACACAUCUAUAAAACCAAUAUCGAGCUCAAGGUGGAAGUAGAAAGUCUGAAGCGUGAGCUCCAGGAGAGAGAACAGCUGCUCAUCAAAGCCUCCAAAGCAGUUGAGAGCCUCGCUGAAGGGGGCGGCUCAGAAGUUCGGCGGGUGAAAGCGGAUGCUCAGAAGAAGGUGCAGCAGGUUGAAGAUCUCCUAACCAAAAGAAUAUUCCUUUUAGAAGAGGAUGUAAAAGCCGCCCGAGCAGAACUGGAAAAGGCCUGUGCAGGGACAGAAGCGGAGAAGGCUCUUCGGCUGAGCUUGGAAAACAAGCUUUCAGAGAUGAAGAAGAUGCACGCGGGGGACUUGGACAUGGCUCUGGUCCUGGAAGAGAAAGACAGACUGAUUGAGGAGUUGAAGCUGUCUUUGAAGAGCAAAGAAGCUUUAAUUCAGUGCCUUAAAGAGGAGAAAUCUCAGAUGGCGUCUCCUGAUGAGAACGUGUCAUCUGGAGAGCUCCGAGGACUUGCUGCUGCUCUGAGGGAAGGAGAGGAGAGAGAAACUGAGGCUGCACAAAUGGAGCGCCAGAUGGAGAGAAAUCGCUUUGAGGACAGGAUCCAGGCACUUCAGGAGGACCUGAGAGAGAAGGAAAGAGAAAUUGCUACAGAAAAGAAAAAUAGUUUAAAGAGGGAUAAAGCCAUUCAGGGCCUAACCAUGGUAUUAAAGUCGAAGGAAAAAGAGGUUGAAGAACUUAACUCUGAAAUCGAAGAGCUCCGUGCUGCCUUUGCCAAAGCCAGAGAAGCCCGCCAGGAAACAGAGACCCAGAAAUUCCAGGGGUCUGAAGAUUAUGAAGCUGCUCUGUUGGAAAAGGAAGCCCUUUUGGCUGAGCUUCACUCAGAAAACCUCACCAAGAGUACAGAGAACCACAGAUUGCAAAGGAGCAUUAAGAAGGUCACCCAGGAGCUGUGCGACUUGCAGCAGGAGAAGGAACGACUAGAGAAGGACCUGGAAGCAGCCCAUCGAGAGAAGAGCAGAGGAGACUGCACCAUCCACGACCUUAGAAAUGAAGUUGAAAAAUUACGCAACGAAGUGAAUGAAAGAGAGAAAGCAGUGGAGAACCGUUACAAGAGUCUGCUGAGUGAAAGUAAUAAAAAAUUAUGCAGUCAAGAGCAGGUGAUCAGAUGUCUAACUGAAAGUACCAGUCAAAAGGACAAGGACUUGUUGCUUCAGAAAUCCAAUGAAGAAGAUUCAGAAGCAAUACAGCAGAAUCGUUAUUUAAUGACUGCGGAAGAUCUCAAGUUCAGGAGUGAAGACUUAAUAACAGAAAAGUGCUCUUCUCAACAGUCACCAGGCAGCAGAAUCAUCUUCUCUGAGGAAAAGCAGCAAUUAGACUAUGAAGAGCUGAUUCGGGUCUUAAAGAAAGAGCAGGACAUCUAUGCCCACCUGGUAAAAUCUCUGCAGGACUCAGACAGUGUCAAGAACCUGCAGGCUGAGUUAAACAGCAUCUUUGCCCUGCGUAAGCAGCUGGAGCGGGAUGUGCUCGCCUGUCGGAAUUUGCAAAAGAUGCUGGAGGAGCAGAUCAGCGAGAUUCGGAAGCGAGAAGGUACACACUCUUAUGAACCAUUUUCAUUUUAUAGUGAUCAAACAUCUUACCUGAGUAUUUGCCUUGAAGAACACAAUCGGUUUCAAGUGGAGCAUUUUUCUCAAGAAGAACUUAAGAAAAAGGUCAGUGACCUCGUACAGCUAGUGAAGGAGCUGUAUACAGAUAAUCAGCACCUGAAGAAAACCAUCUUUGAUCUCUCCUGCAUGGGUUCCCAGGGGGAUGACAGACUUGAGUCAACAGAACAGGCGGAGCUUCCAGCCAGCAAGGAGGACGAGGACACAAUCCGAAUUGGAGAGGAUGAUGAGAAUAGUUUCCUGAGUGACCAGCAUUCGGAGCAGAGUAACAAGAUUACUGAGGAUUAUUACAAAGGGGGCUACAAAAAUGGAUAUUUAAGGCACACGGAUUCCAAUAUUUUAUACUACGAUGGAGCCCAUAAACCUGGCUGCCCUGGAGACCCGAGUCUAGAGGAAGGCGAGCUCCUGAACCUGCUUGCCCCUGUCUUCAACGAGAAGGCCACAUCGUUGCUGGAAUCCAGGCCAGACCUUCUUAAUGUGCUGCGUGAUCUGCUUCUGGAACGAAUACGCUUGCCAGAGCAGGGGGUUCCCGGAGAACACCGUGAUGGUGCCGCCUGCAAGACACUUAAGCACAUGGCUGCUCAGCCAGGAGGUGAGCUCGGACACUCCAUCCAUCCCAAGCCCCACGGUGAACUGCAGUUGUCGGGCGGAGCCCAGCCAGGAGAGGCGGAUGAGCUGUCUAAGGUGGAGCUGAAAGAUGCCUCGGUGCAGACUGUGGUCAUGGAGGGCAACACGCUCAGAUUCCAUCAUGAAGGCAGGAGGGAGGCUUGGGAAGAGACACUGACAGCCGCUGCCUUCUGCACGGAGCAUCAGCCGGAGAGCUUGUGCAGGAGGCCGGGGCGGGAGGCCUCUCCCCUCUCCUUUCCCCGUGGGACUGACAGAGAAGCUAAGAAGUCCCGCUUGCCUGUCCUGAUAAAACCAUCCCAGCCAUUAGGAAGUGUGUAUCGGCUCCCGGCCGCACAGGAGGUGGUGGCCCAGCUGCAGGGCCAGAUCUUGGAGCUGCAGGGGGAGCUGAAGGAGUUUAAAAUUCGCAAUAAGCAACUUCACCAAAAGUUAAUUCUGGCUGAGGCAAUGAUGGAGAGGAGCUCAGCGCCAGACAAAACGCUACUGAAAGAGUCUGAAAUUGACCAGCCCAGUGACCUUGCCAUCUUGCCAACAUGCAAAGAGGAUCCUUCAGAAGAUUUUCAGGGCCCAACUUCAGUAGCUACUUACCCGAGUUCUAAGAGUCAGCUUUCCCCUGAAGUCAGCGUGAUUGGAACCAAUCAGUCUAAGAACAUCGACACCUCAAAUGAUACAGAAAACUUAAAACAGAAAAUCUAUGACUUGGAAACCGAGCUCGAGGGCUACCGGAAUUUCAUAUUUCAGCUUCAAAAGCACUGCCAGUGCAGUGAGGCCAUUAUCACAGUUUUGUGUGGGACAGAAGGGGCCCAGGAUGUCUCCAGUAAGCCCGAGUGUGGUACUGAUGAAGAAGAAAUGACCUUUUCAAGUUUGCACCGAGUACACAUGAAAAUCCUUCAUCCACUGGACCCAGAGGUGGUUGAUGGGAGGAUGCUGGAGAACCUUGAACAGCAGCUAGAAGAACAGGAAUGUGAGCUGCAGAAGGAGCAGAAUUUGAACAUGGAACUUUUCAGUGACAUCCAUGACCUGCAGAAUAAGUUCAGAGAUCUCUCGCCUUCAAGAUGCAAUUCAUUAGUUCAGUCCCAAGCCAGGGAGCUCUCCCUUCAGCGGCAGCAGAUUAAAGAUAGCCAUGGCAUCUGUGUCAUUUAUCGUCAACACAUGAACACCAUGAUUAAGGCAUUUGAGGAGUUGCUGCAGGCCAGUGAUGUGGACUACUAUGUGGCCGAGGGCUUCCAGGAACAGCUGAAUCAAUGUGCUGAGCUGCUCGAGAAACUGGAGAAGCUGUUUCUCAACGGAAAAUCGGUAGGAGUGGAAAGGAGCACCCAGAGUGAACUGAUAGAGAGGGUUGAAGAAGACAGCUUAGCCUGCCGACACGCUCUACCCGAAUCUCCCGAGCCUUUGGCCUCCCAGGUGUUGUCCGAUUGUGAAAUGUCCGAAAAAUCCUCUUCCUCACAAGACCAGAAGCAAGACAGUGAGACUGAGAAGACUUCAGUUACAGCGAACAAUUUUUCUCAAGACCUACUAAUGGAACAUAUCCAAGAAAUUCGAAGUUUGAGAAAACGUUUAGAGGAAUCUAUUAAGACAAAUGAGAAGCUACGGAGACAGCUGGAACGGCAAGGGUCUGAAUUUGAUCAAGGGUCUUCAAACAUUUUUGCUUGUGGUUCAGAGCUGCAUAAUUCUCUGAUGUCGGAAAUUCAUUUCCUGAGGAAGCAGAACCAGGCCCUCAAUACACUGCUCGCGAAAGGACCCAGAGAUAAACAGAAGGAGAAUGAAAAAUUACGAGAGGCCCUCUCCAGGAAGACUGCGGACCUUGAGCGGCUCCAGCGAGAGCUGGCCUGUGUGGAGGGGGAGAAGGAAAGGCUGCAGCAGGAGGCGGCCCAGAGGGAGCGGCACAGCCAGCAGCUGCUCCGGGAGCUCCGGGAGGGCCGCAGCGAGCUCAGCAGGGUACAGGAGGAGUCGAAACGGAGGCAGCAGCUGCUCUCCCAGAACAACAAGCUACUGCAGUCCCUGCGCGUGGAGCUGAAGGUGUACGAGAAGCUGGAUGUGGAACUCCGGGUCCCCAGAGAGUCCAGAGCAGAGGCGUCGGGAGAAGGCUGGAAGGGGCAGGGCCCUCCUGGUGACCUGCAUGACCUCCUGACCGAGAUCCAGGCUCUGCGGGCACAGCUGGAAAGGAGCAUCGAUACCAACAGCACACUGCAGGGCAGGCUGGAGGAGCAGCUGGCAGCGGGCGGGAGGAAGGCUCCGGAGGCAGCACUCACAUCGGCUCUCCAGACCCUAUCCACGCCUGAGCAGCCCCUUCCGGUGGCCAGACACGAUGGUGACAGAUGUCCCGUGGUAGUUGAUAGUUCACAUGCUCUGUGUGGCUCCGCCCUGGCAGAGCCACCAAGAUCAGCUUCAGAGACUCCUCCACUCUCUAAAGAUGACACGGACUCCCCCUCCUGUGACAGUGGCAGCUCGGCCACCAGCGCCCCGUGCGUGUCUCGCCUGGUCCCUGGCCACCACUUGUGGGCCAGUGAGAGUGGCUGCCAUGUCCUGGGUCUGCUUGAGGACUACGAUGCCCUGUGUAAGCAGAUUGGCCAGGGCCAGGAGCUCCUUGCCGAGAUGGACAUUCACAUCCGCGAGGCUCCCAGCCCCUCCAGUCGAGAGCCGGGAACAAAGGGUCUGCACCCGGCACCCCCGAGUAGGUUUGUCACCAGCCUGAGCAGAGCCAAGCUGACCCUGGAAGAGGCCGCGAGGUUACUGACACUCCUCUGGAGGGUCUCACUCCCCACGGAGGGCCCUUGCACACUUCACUGCGAACAGACUGUAGAAAUGAAGGCAGAGAUCACCAAACUACAUAAAAAAUUAUUUGAACAAGAAAAGAAGUUGCAACACACCAUGAAGCUUUUGCAGCUGAGCAAGCACCAGGAGAAAGUCAUCUUUGAUCAAUUGGUCGUAACCCACAAGAUCCUUCGGAAGGCUAGAGGGAACCUGGAGCUGAGGCCCGGGGGUGCCCACCUGGGAGCGUGCAGCCCCAGCAGACCAGGCUCCUGAGAGCCCCAGACAAUAAAGCUGCAACCCCCACUGCCUCCC